AUCCUAGUAAAUGUGGGCAAUUUUUUCACGUUGGAGUCUGUCUUUGUAGCACCACGAAAAGGAAUUUACAGUUUCAGUUUUCACGUAAUUAAAGUCUAUCAGAGUCAAACAAUUCAGGUUAAUUUGAUGCUAAAUGGAAAGCCAGUCAUUUCUGCUUUUGCUGGGGACAAGGACGUCACGCGUGAAGCUGCCACUAACGGAGUCCUUCUCUAUCUAGACAAGGAGGAUAAGGUUUACCUGAAAUUGGAGAAAGGUGUGGACUCAUCUUUGCCUCUGUUACAUGAAGAUCAUUUUAUCAUCAUGGGAUUGAUGUUUCUUUAUUGGUUUUUCAUGGGUGAAUAUGGAUUCUCUUCUCUAUGGAUUUUGGCCCCAUCUGAACUACUCAGAAGUUUAACAGAAUUUUGUGUGUUUAAAUACGAUAUAUUUGGAUUGAGACUAAAGCAGACAAUGAAUAUCUAUGCUUGA